AUGCCACCCAAAGAAACUGCAAAAAAACCACCAGCUCAAAUUCAGAGGCCUAAUGUAAGCGAUGCGACUCUUAAUUACAUUCCUGAAGAUGCAUUAGAAGGUUACCAAGAACGAAUAGAAACGGGUAUUAAUUGGACUUUAGUUGAAAACGCGGGUCGUCACCAUAAACAAAAAUGUCUGAAAGCGAAUGUACCAGCAGUAACUUUUUCUGAAGCCCUUCAAAAUAAAAUCCAGAGAAGUUUUUUAAACGGAUUCUUUGACGAGUCUAGUUCUCUAACUUUACAAGAGCAUUGGGAUAUCCUUUUACCCAUGACUAUAUGGGAUAACCAGAAAUUCACAAACGAAGAAGGAAAGAUAUGUUUUAAUAAUUGUAACUGCAUAACAGAUGAUAUGAUUCACUUGAUUAAGAAGGCGGUUAAGCUUAACGAUCGAAAAUUUUUGAGAGAUGAAUUAAAAAAAGUUACUGUUUUACGGGUGAACGAUGUAGAGAUGACGGAGCUAGACGAUCAGUUACAGGAAUUUCAGAACAUUGUGAUAUUGAAUUUAACAUGUAAUUACAUAGAUAAGAUCGAGGCAAGCUUUAUGCCCUGUGGUUUAAAACUGCUAGAACUGCAAGCAAAUCGAAUAAGUGACGUCGUGCAUUUCGCAGAAAAACUACCCUCAGAUAUGACCUAUUUGGGGUUAAGUAGAAAUCUGCUUAACAAUGAAAGCCUUGCCAGUUUGGCGCGCUUACCACAUCAUUUGACGGUUUUGGAUUUGUCGGACAACGACAUCUGUGAUCUUAACUCGGUACUAGAUCCUUUGGCGCUUCUGCCAAGUCUGACAGCUUUGCAGCUCGCGGGAAAUCCAUGCGCGGUGUGUGCUGCCUACGCCCGUACCACUUUAGCUCGUCUUCUUCGCCUCCAAUGGUUGGACUGCAGGGAGGUGCUCCCCACGGACCGAUCAGCUGAACCCUUCGAACCCCAUCCUGAAGACCUGCGAUCUGCGUACUUCAACUUUACAGUGUUCCGCAUCAUGUCUGCCAUUCAGCCACCGAAAGCCGAAAAGGGCGCAGUGACAGCAUUUUACGUAGAGAUAGAACUGCCUCUACUAGAUGGUGUGAGACGGCAAUUCUUAAUGUUCCGAGAAAACGAUUCCUUGAUUGAAAUAUUACCUCCUCCAGAAGACGAGGAUUGGGCUGAAUCCAAACCACCAUCUGAGAUUGAAAGCAAAAUGUUGCUUGAGCCCGAAGCAUCGUCACACGCUUCAGAUAUCUAUAACCGUCUCACAACGAAGAACUCUAGACUCAUAUGCCAUUACACAGUUUUUGAGAGCAACAGGGUCCAGUGGAACAAGAUCAUGAACUUCCAAGAGCCAACUGUGCGGAUAUUUUGUCCCAAUCUAAUUGCGUUACGGGAUACCUUUCGGACCGUUAUUACUGUGAGGUUUAUAUAUUCUGUGACAAUUAACACGAAACCAAACAAAUCAGAUAAGAAGAGCGCUAUGUCUUUCAAGCCACCCGGGGAACAGAGAGUUACCCUGGCUACUAUAAAGUGUGCCUUAAAGAAACCAGACUGGAGCCAGCAAUCACAGCAUUUCCACUGGGAUGACUCUCUUGGUACAGAAGAUGCUAUACAUUGGGGAGAUGCUGAUCUUUCGAUCCUGCAGUACGGUUUGGGUGUAGUCAAACCAACCAAAGGGAAACCUGAAACAGAUCCAACAUCCUCCAGGCAGUUACCCCCAGACAAUCUUACGUGUCAUUUUGGUUUCGGGAUUGAUACAGUACGCGCAUGA